AUGGGCCACUACCUGUCGCAGUGGUCGGUCUCAUGGGGGUUGCCAGUGUUGACGCUGGUGUGGCUCUUGGUACUCCUGAACGGAUGUGAAGACUCCAACGACCUCUCCAUCAAGUGCAUCGUCGGCAGCCAGAGUGCCGCGUCUGUCAUGGCGGAAGCCUGGCAGUACAUCUACUCUGGCCAGUUGCUGAUCCUGUUCCUCCUGGCGCAGAUGGCACCCAUUUUCUUCGAGGUUUGGAUGGAGGCGGGCAUCGUGACCUCGACGGUGCGUUUGGUGAAGCAAGUGCUGACGUUGUCGCCGAUCAUGUUUAUCUUCCAAGCGAAGGUCAUCGGCUUCUACACGAUGAACGAGCUGAAGUUUGGCGGUGCCACCUAUGCAUGGCGUGACUCCGAAGCGUUGUCGGCUCAGCUCGGGGUCCCAUCCGCCAUGGAGAGCUGGAAGUCUAUGCGGCUCAGGUCUGCCGGGCGAGUGCUGCUCCUCGGUGGGGUGGCAGGACUGGCACCUGGGUUUGCCGCAGGCGUCACUCGUGUCGCCCGGCCCAGUGCAUCCACCGCUUCGACCGCGUCCACGGGAAGUGCGGGAAGUGCGGGAAGUGCGAAUGCGCACGGCCCAGCCACGUCCACCUCGGCGCUGGCCGGUGUGGCCAUUUCAGCGGCCUCGUUCACAUGGAGACGUCCACGGGUCAUGCGGCGAGCGGAAGAGCAGAAAGGAGUGGUGCAGCAGUUGCUGGGCAUGAAAGGUGCUGGCGAAACUGAUGAUACGCCUUUAUGGAAGAUUCGAUUGCAGCUUUGCAAGCCAGUGACAUGGCCUCCCCUGAUUUUUGGUGUCAUUGCAGGGGUUUGCGCCAGUGGCAACUUUGAUUGGGGACAGGCGUCUCCGGAAGACUAUGCGAAGUUUUUCACCUGCGUGAUGCUCUCGGGACCGGUGCUGGUCGGCUACACGCAGACACUGAACGAUUGGUACGACAAGGAUCUGGAUGCCAUCAAUGAGCCCUACCGGCCGAUUCCCUCCGGCCGCAUCACAGAGGAAGAAGUCUGGCAGCAGAUCUAUGUCCUUGGCGGCUUAGGCCUCGGCAUGGCUUUGGCACUGGACAUUUGGCAGGGCCACUGGCCACCCACAGUCUUUGCAGUUGCAGUCGUGGGUGUCUUCAUGGCCUACAUUUACUCUGCGCCACCGCUCAAGCUCAAGCAGAAUUGGAUCACUGGUUGCUAUGCUUUGGGCUCCAGCUAUAUCGCUUUGCCGUGGUUGGCUGGUCAGUGCACCUUUGGCCAGGUCACUCCAGAGAUCAUUGCACUAACACUGUGGUACUCCGUGGCCGCUGUGGGCAUUGCGAUUGUCAACGACUUCAAAAGUGUUGAAGGAGAUCGAAAGCUGGGCUUGUCAUCAGCGCCUGUGGUCUUCGGGAUUGACACCGCCAAGUACAUGGCACCCGUGAUCAAAGACACGGUGCAGUUAACCAUAGUGGCAUAUUUGCUUUACAUCGGAGAGUGGCCCUAUGCACUUGGGCUAUUUUGUUUGAUCCUUCCACAGGUCUAUUUCGCGAAGACAUUGUUCAUCGAGGAUCCGAUCCAGAAUGAUGUAAAGUAUCAGGGUUCCUCCUUACCGUUCUUCAGCAUCGGAACCAUUGUGGCCGCAUCGGCCAUUGGCAACAACCCUUUACACUGA